CGGGCGGGUGCCGCGAGUCCCGCGGCUGUGCAGUCCGGCGCGAGCGGCGACCACAGGCGGCCCGCCAUGGCGGCUUCGGCUCUGCUGCUCUCAGGGUUGGCAACUCUCGUAUACGCCGCUGACUGGAGCUACUCGGGAGCGAACGGGCCGGACCACUGGGGGGCGACCUGUCGCACGGGCAAGAGGCAGUCUCCCGUGGACCUCGCCCGCUCCGCCGCCGCCGAGGGACACUUCCACGACCUCGCGCUCUCCAACUACGACCAGGCGGUGGCCGUCAACGUCACCAACAACGGACACACAGUUCGCCUGGACGUGGAGCAGCCGUGCUCCAUGCUGCUGGCGGCGGGCGGACUGCCGGGGCUCUUCCGACUGGAGCAGAUACACUUCCACUGGCCGUCGGAGCACACCCUGGACGGCAACAGGUGGCCACUGGAAAUUCAUCUGGUUCACUACGACCUGAAAUACUCCAGCAUUGCAGAGGCCGUGAAAUACCGAUGGGGUGUUGCAGUUUUAGCAAUUCUUUGCCACGAGGACGAGCUGGGAGGCGAGGCGCUGGGCCCCUUGCUGCGCGCGGUGGGCCAGGUGGAGAGGCAGGUGGGCGCGACCACCAGGCUGCCGCAGAGGCAGGCGCCCGCCUCCUUCCUGCCGCGCGACCUCGCGCGCUGGUACCGCUACGAGGGCUCGCUCACCACCCCGGGCUGCGACGAGACCGUGGUGUGGACCGUGCUGCGCGCCUCGCUGCCCGUCUCCCGCGCCCAGAUCGCCCACUUCCAGCGGGUGCUGUCGAAGCACGGGCGGCUCCAGGCCAACAACCGGCCACUGCAGCCGCUCAACGGCCGCGCCGUGCACCUGCAAGAUGGGCCGUGGAAUGCGGCGGCCGCAAUGCCCGAGACGAGAACCGCGGGGCUGGCGGCGCUGGUCGCGCUCCUGGCGGCGACACUCUAGACUGCAUUGCCGAUCCGGCCGCAAGCUGUUUGUUCACGGGAAGCCUACGAUUCACUCGUCCUCCUGGACAUACCCGAAUACUCGCGUUGGCAAGCCUUCUUUUCACAUACGAGAGAGCCAAACCCGAAGUUCCCCGAAGUUCAUGUUCGCUUUUUUUUUCGUACCACAACAGGUGUAUUGGUGUAUUUAUUUGGGGGAAACCGUUUACAUGAUUUCACAGUAUCUUUAAUGUAGCUAUCCUACCCAAAUAAACCUCCACAAUGUUUUAAAGUAUUUAUAAUGUAGCUAAUCUUACCUAAUUGACCAUUAGUUAUCAUGAGUUGUAUAUUUAUUUACAAUGAACAAAAAAAACAACCGAAGAUGCACGAUCGGGAGUUUGGCUCUCUCGUCUGUUGAAAAAAGGCUUGCAAAUGUGAGUAUUCGGGUAUGUCCAGAAGGACGAGUGAAUCGUAGGCUUCCCGUUUGUUCACGGCUAAAUCUCUUUUUUUUAAAGGCCCGUUCUACAAUGGCACGUUAACGAAGAUAGAUCUCCCUGACCAGCAUUUUUACAAUAGCGCGCAGACGGAAACGGACCUGUGUGACCAAUAGAAUCCAAGGAUUUGGCUGCGGUGGUAGCCAUGUUUGUUUAUGUUGUAAAUACGUGAAAAAUGUAUAGUGUUAUACUAUUACUUCCUCGUUUAUAUUUAUUUUAUGUGAAUUCUUUCUGUGCUAAACUCUUGAAGCAUAAUAUACAGAGUGUCCGAAAAGUCUUCUCCUGAUUACACUAAUAACAUCGGCUCGAAGUAAGAUAAAAAUAUGAAACUGGUGACAAAAUGUUGAGAAACUAUCCAAGUUUUUUUUUUAAACAUCAGUACACGUCCACGUGAGCCUCUUUGGUAGCACGUAGCACAUCUAGUCGAUAUUCAAUUUCCGUCCACACAUUAGCCAACAUCACUGGAGGGAUCGAUGCAAUGACUCUGGUUAUCUGGUGUUGCAGGUUUGCAAUAUCUGGUACAUAUGUUAGGUAGACCUCGUCCUUGAAAUAACCCCAUAAAAAGAAGUCUAAUGGGGUUAUGUCAGGAGAGCGUGAAGGCCAAACCGUUGGUCCAUCACGACCGAUCCAUCGUCCAGGAAAGGCACGGACCUCCAAACCCCAAUAAGGUGGUGCACUGUCUUGUUGAAACAUGACAUCGGGGUGAUACUCAAGCAGCUGAGGAACAGCAUAAAGUUGUAACAUGUCCAAAUACACUGGAGAGGUGAUGGUUGCCUCAGCGAAGAAGAAUGGCCCGAUAAUUCUGUCAUGCAAUAGCGUGCACCAAACAUUCACUUUUGGACUUCCUCUGGUACACUCCAUCACCUUGCCAGGGGGCUGUGAACCCCAAAUUCGCACAUUAUGGCAAUUCAUUACUCCACUGACAAAAAAGGUCGCCUCGUCAGAUAAGGCAAUUCAUUGUAUAUAGCCAUUAUCAUCCUCCAUACAUUUCGACCGCAAAUUCAUAUCGACAUGUACUGUCAUUGAGCAACAGAGCCUGAACGAUUUUCACUUUGUAUGCACGAAACAUUAAAAGUUUGUGUAAGAUAUCAUGGAGAGAGCUUUUUGGCAUCUGCAAUUUACGUGAGGCCCUUCGCACCGAUUUCUUCGGACUUCGCAGAAAUGACUCUCUCUCAGCUUCCACACUUUCAGCUGAGGUUGAUGGUCGACCAGACUUCGGAAGGUCAGCAACCGAUAUUACGGUCUUAGAAUCCUCAUACCACGUCUUAAUGCUCUUGACAUCAGGGGGAAUCUUUCCAUAUGUGGUCUGGAAGUUUCUAUGCACUGUUAUUGGUGAUCGUGUCUCGUGGUACCACAGGAGCCGCCCCUUAAUGUCAGGCGCUAGGUAUUAAUUGCGUGACAGGUAGGUGUUACACACUUCAGUCAGCAGAUGGUAUGCAAUUGAACGUCCGAUGACCCGUGCAUCCUAAUCUAAAGGUAUUUUAACUCACGAAAUCGUCCAAUACUUUACUAUACAACUAAUCAAAACCUUCACAGAUUAACAGGAAGGCAACGAAGUCACUCUCCCUUCAAAUUCUGUUGUCGCUAGAGUAAAAACUGUGUAAAAUUUUACAUGAAACUGUUGAUUGUUUCAUCUCCUCUUAAAAGUUUACUAAAAACAUAUCAUUUCAUACAUAACGAUUUGUGAAACAAUGUUUCCUUCUUUCUUGCUAUAUAAAAUUGUACAUACAUAACUUUAUUAUUCUUAAGUGAUAUAGCAAUAAGUAAUUUAAUAAACUUUGUUUAUUUUUUUUAAUGUUCGAUAAGAGGAUAAAAUGUAUUAAACUAUGUAUAUAAAUAAACUUUAUGAGAAAA